GGUGUGUGCAGGUGUGUGCACCUUUGUCUGCUCUCGGUCCGCUGAGCCUGCAGGCAGCAACACCCCAGCAGCCGGCUGCACGCAGGGGGCUUCUGAAUCCCAUCGUCCACCCGAAGCCACUAGGGCUGGCCCCACAGCACCUGGGGAGAGAGUGAAGCGAGCCCGUAACAUUUUGUGUCACAAAGCAGGAAAGUGCUCUGAGAUUGAUGGGUUGCCGCUCUGGCCAAGCUGAAGGCCAUUUGAAGAUCAAAAAUAAAUCACAGAGUUGGGCUCCCUGAGUAAAGUAAGAAGCACGAGCCCAUGGGAAUGCAUAAACGGGAAGCUUAGGAGGACGGGGGAGCCCGCAGGGACCCCCGAGGGCUGGAGCUCGAAGCACGGCAGGAAGGGACCAAGGAAACCCAGUCCUCCACGGGGCUCGCGGGACAUUCUUGUCACAAGGGAUGUGGCUGUCCAGCGGGGACACAGACAAGCCGAAAGAUGCGUGGCCUGUGGCCGUGCGGGUGUCGCGGGCACGAGAGCCAAGGAAAGGCUGGAGAACGUUCCAGGCUAAGGAAGCUGAAGAACCCCGCGGAGGGGUGGCUGUGAGCGUGGCUGGUGGCCUGCUUGCAGAGGUCGCCCGGCUGUGUCGGGGAUGACGCCCGUGGGCGCAGGGAGCCCCCAGGGGUGUUCUGGGGUGGGGUGAGGGAAGGAAGGUUGGCAGCUUCCCUGCAGGUGUUUCAGGAAGAAAAGAGCCCUUCCCGCCCCAAACUCCCGCUUUUCCGUAACUGCGACUGUUUCCAAAUGAGAACCAAAUUUUUUAGUGCCUUGCUAAGAGAAAAAUUCCCACCAAGGAUGUUCCUCUUCUAGGCGGAACGUGAGAUGUGGAGCAGGAGGCGCAUGAGGGACGUCUAAGGAGAACCGAACUCUGUUCUGCUGCGUUAAACACGUAGCGCCCCUAUAAUGAGUUUUUAAAUAUGACAUUUAUAUUCCUACUUGCCCGUCAUUUCACACCUAGAAAUGGGAGGAAAGCCUUCCCAGUUUUCUUUCAUGGAAAUGCCCACACCGCGGGGAUGCUUGAGACCCGGUGGGCAUCAGGCGCUCACAGCAAAGGGAGAAGGGGUGUCACCCCCUGGAGGGCCAGGCCCCGGACUGCCUCCCAGCUGUCCUUGGCACCUGCGGGAUGUGUAGCUAUUCUGGGCUGUUGAGUGAACAGGUAACGGUGUGGGCAGCUCCUGCUUACGGAGAAGCGGCUCACGUUAACUCCGCAUGCACGUGGGCGGCCUGCUGGGCACUAACUGGCCUGUGCUCCCAGCCCUGUCCCCUGACAGAUGCACAGGUGGGGCCGCACAGGGAAGGGCGCCCCCCGGCUCACACCGGGCAGGAGGGGCGAAGGGGGCAUCACAGCCACACUCCGUCCUGGGUAUUCUCUCCACCUCCCGUUCAGCUGGUUUUAAGUGGCACAAACUAACCCACUAACGUUUGAGUAAUUGGGUUUUUUAUUUUUAAGAAAUUUUUAUUUGAGGCUCAGAUUUUUUGAUUAAUGUUUUCAUUGAUCAGAUAUUCGAAAACCCACAAAAGAGCAUGCAUAUCCGGUGUUAGAGGAGACGUAACAGUUUAAACUGUCGUCUUGCUCCCAGGUGACAGAGAAGCGGACGAGGGCAGGCGAGCCUGGCCAGCUCAGCUCGCAGUGGAAGCCAUGGUGCCUUCGAGGCUUCUCUCACUAGGACCGAGGACUGUGCCUGGGGGCGUGGGGCACUGGACUCAGGUCCGGCGGUGGCCCCCUUCGCCCAGGCUGCUCUCAGACAGCUGUGGGGACCACGCCAAGCACCAGGAACCCCCCAGGAAGAAACUGCUCUCCGAGAAAAAACUGAAGAGACAUUUCGUGGACCACCGCCGAGUGCUCGUCUGCGGGGGCCGUGGCGGCGACGGGGUGAGCUGCUUCCACAGCGAGCCCCGGAAGGAGUUCGGAGGCCCGGAUGGUGGCGACGGAGGCAACGGUGGCCACGUCGUCCUGAGAGCUGACCGGCAAGUCAAGUCGCUGUCCCCAGUGCUGUCUCGGUACCAGGGUUUCCACGGAGAGUCCGGCGGCAGGAAGAACUGCUUCGGGCGCAGCGGCGCCCUCCUCUACGUGCCGGUCCCAGUGGGCACGUUAGUGAAGGAGGGAAAGGAAGUCGUGGCUGACCUGUCGUGCCCCGGGGAUGAGUACGUUGCUGCUCGGGGCGGGGCAGGAGGAAAAGGUAACCGCUUUUUCCUGGCCAAUGAGAACCGCGCACCUGUGACUUGCACCCCCGGACAGCCUGGUCAAGAACGCAUCCUCUUCCUGGAGCUCAAGACGAUGGCCCAUGCUGGAAUGGUUGGGUUCCCCAAUGCUGGGAAGUCCUCCCUUCUCCGGGCCAUUUCGAACGCGAGACCCGCUGUGGCUUCCUACCCGUUCACCACUCUAAAGCCCCAUGUUGGGAUUGUUCACUGUGAGGACCACCAGCAGAUAGCAGUGGCUGACAUCCCAGGCCUCAUCCGGGGCGCGCACCAGAACCGGGGCCUGGGGAACACCUUCCUCAGGCACAUCGAGCGCUGCCGAUUCCUCCUGUUCAUCGUGGAUCUGUCGGAGCCGGAGCCGUGGACGCAGGUGGAGGACCUGAAGUUCGAGCUGGAGAAGCAUGAAGUUGGCCUGUCCGAGCGACCGCAUGUGGUCGUGGCAAAUAAGAUCGACCUCCCGCAGGCCCGAGCAGCUCUGCCCCAGCUGCGUGCCCGCCUGGGCCCGAACGUCAUCGCCCUGUCGGCCGCAACUGGGGAGAACUUGGAGGUGCUGCUGCUGCGCCUGCAGGAGCUUCACAGCCGGCACGUGGGUGCCGAGCUCCGCUGGUAGCCACCGGGCCGCCGCCCAAAAGUGACCACCCUGAACGCGGCUCUGGGUGGAGACGAGAAAGUUGCUACUUUGCCUUGCACUGUCCCUGGCGCUCGCUCUCCAGCCAGCGGGCCAGGACCUCAGACGUGUCGGACGUGUGCGCCUCCUGCUGAUCUGCUCCCCGGGGCCUUCUGCACCUGCCGGCGUGCUGACCAGCUGAGCUGGGCUCCCCACCCUUCCUCAGUACCUCUACGUGGCGAGGAGCCCACGGCCAUGCGGCUGAGCCGCCUGACUUGGUGGGGCCGAACCCUAGCCUGCACACAGACCCCACGCGAGAGCCACAGACUCUGGAUCCCUGACACUUCUUGCCAGUGCUGGCUGCGGUCCCAGAGGCCGGCCCGCCCUACGGAGGGGACAUGAGGACGCGGGGACAGGGAGCCUUCAGAGCCACAAGGCUCUUCUCAGAUGGCCCUGUCUGAGCAACGCAGUAGGGGCGACGCCUCCCGUGUUGUUCCCAGACUUGGCUGCUCUGUACAGGAGCCGUUGGCUUCACGACUGAAUGCACCCAAUAUCCGACCCGGGGCCAUGCGAGUCAUUAGCUGAGGACACAGGCUCUUGUCCCCGAGUAAAGCCUGUGGCUUCAGGCGUGUCCCUGGGGGCCCUUAAGAGAUGAUGUGGUUGGGGACCGGGGUAACCAGGGGAAGGGGCCUCGGGCCCCUUGGGGAUUUGCCCCAGGGUCCUUGCUGCCAGCUGCGAGCGUACUGGGGACUGGGCCUGCCUCAGACAAGAAGCUUGUGCCCGAGCUUUCAGGAGCAGUUCCGUUUUGAUCUACCGUCAAAUCUGCAACUAGAACGAGAAUCCUUUGCCUGAAGCUCUUUUUUAAUGUCUUAUAAUUUCCGAGGUCCUUGUGUUCUGGAAACCAGAGAUGGGUUUUGCAAUCUCUUUGCUCUCUCUGGGGCCACCACAAAGGAUUUCGUAGAGCCGUGUUAAUUAUCGGGGCCUUUCAUCUCCAGCCGGCCCCGCACCAGUGCUGCGCCGGGGGGCGACACUGGGGGCCUCCCUACGUCUGUCCUGCACUUGCCUGUGCCCCCGGCAGCCUCAGGACCUGACCCAGCUGAGGCACUGCUCAGUAUUUAUGGAGUGAAGAAAGGGAUGGUGUCUGA